AUCAAAACGGAAUGAUAAAAUAUCACAAAAUUGAUUUGGAUUACCCAUGAUGUACACUGUACUAGUUAAAGCUACUCGCUCACAGUUGGGUUGAACUUUUCAACAUGUUCAUUUCCACCAAAUUUGGCAUAGGAUGCAUAUUAAGGUUGAUUAUUUAAAAGAUUAGAGGUGACACUUGAAGAAAUCAUGGGUAAACAGCUUCUGAGGAAACCUCGGGCGCCAAAGCCUUUACCACCUCUACCUACUACACCUACACCCAGUGCUCCUGGUGCUGCUUCAAAACUGACUGAAUAUUACGAGUCUGUAGACUUCUUGGAAGAUGAUGCUGUUUACAGAUCUAGAGAUCCAACCAUCCGACAUUCACCAACACCUAGUGUAGUUCCUAGCUUGGUAUCUCCACCACCAUCAGAAUCAUAUCAACGCAAAUCUGUAUUUCGAACAUUCACAUAUCCAUCUCCUCUUAGUCACAUUUCAUAUAUAAGCAGAGAUGAAAAGAAAUUUGUUUUGGAUCCUUUAUUUCGGGACCAGACAAGUCUUGGUACAUAUGUUGAUGGCAAAUCAUUGGUGAAACCUUACAAACCAAGAGGUCCCGAUUGUCUACCUGCACGCCCACCAAGAAGAAACCCAGAGAUUACACAUGCUAUAGACAUUGUUGAUGAUAUCAGGUUUUAUAAUCCACCAGCAUUUACUUUAGAAAACUUUAUGGUGAAUGUAGCUGAUAUUCGUAACAUGCCACUCAGGAAAGUGAGAUCCAUUAUGUACUCAAAGGAAAAUUAUAAAAAAUUGACCAAAAUGAUCGCGGAGGAAGUUUUACAUCCAGCUUCACAUGAAAUUCAUCUUCAGCAUCUAACCCCAGAAAGUCAAGAAAUUCCUGCAGCAGAACCAAGGAUACCACAGAAACAGUUACUUAUUGAAAUGGCAGCUAUGAUAAAACAGCAUGUCAGAAGUCUGAUGAAUACAGAAGUUAAAUCAGUCAUCAGACCUUUACCCAAAUAUUCCCCGAGCCAUGAGGUUGGGGCAGCUCCACAUACAGAAAUCAUCCUUGUAGAAGAUGAUACUGUGGAAGUCUCCAGUCAACAGCAGCAAGUACGACGGGAGACGGAGCUGCCUGCUACAGAUGCAAUGUUUCACUCUGCUAGAUCAAAGUUCUUCCAGGGAUCUGGAAGAAGUAGAUCACCUUUUACAAGCACUGAAGAAGGGAUGAUAACUCCAUCCGAAAUAGCCAUCUUAGAUUCCCUCAUACAAGGUGGAAAAGCUCUAAGUCUAAAGGCUCACUUUAUAUCGGAGAUGCCAGAUAUUUCACCGUUGACAAGAAAACUAGUGUACCUUAACCUGUCCUUCAAUGAUUUUGUUACAUUCCCUACAGCAGUAUUAGAGAUAAGCCAAUUAGAGAUUCUGAAGUUGAGGAACAACCCUCUCCAUGAUCUACCAGCUGAUAUACACAGAUUGAAGAAACUAAGAACUCUUGUAGUCUCAUUCUGUAUGAUUCAGUCACUGCCGAUAAGGUUGUUUUCACUGGUAAAUCUGGACUACCUGGACAUUUCAUACAACAGAAUCAGCUUUAUACAGAAUGAAAUCUGCCAACUGGAGUCACUGAGAGAGUUAAAUGUUGAAGGGAACCAGCUACCUGCAAUGCCAUCUGGUGCCCUGCGUUUAGAUCUUGAUAGAUUGAAUGUAAAAAAUAACUUUAUGCAUCCCCUGUUCUGGCAUGAAAAUACACAUAAUGAACCACAGAGACUGGUUGAUCUAGUUUUACUUUGCAUAAUGAAAUCUGAGGCUGGAAAAUCUCAUGGCAAAUUGUCAGAAACCAUCCAGAGGAUGAUUGUAUCGCGUUCUGUUUGUGACUGCUGUGGUGGACCAUUGUUUGGCCCUGGACUGAGGAUAAUACGACCUGUAACUGAACUGUUUGGCAUCAAGAAUCUACCAUUUAUGUUCAGAGCUUGUUCACCAAAGUGCCUUAAAGACUUCAGAUGCAGUAAAGACACAUUGUCAGAUAUUUUGUAUGGAAAACAGACUGCAGGGUAACCUCAAAAUACCACACAUUGAAUUUGGAUUUAAUGGACUUAACAUGAAAUAUUUGAGUAUAAACUGCCAAUUCAGUGCAUAUUUCUUCAUGAAAAUGGAGACUAUAUUGUGUAUUUUCCAUACAAGGAACAGCAGUCAAGCUUCAGGAUAAACAGCUGAUACCAUAUACACAGUUCCUGAAAAUUUGGAAAAUAAUUUGUCUGUUUGAUUGCCUGUCACUGAAUAUAGAAAACUCUAGUGUUUAGAUAAACAACAAGUACUCUCAGGGAAAAUUGGGAAAAAAAUUAAUAUUGGCUGGAUUUCCAUCCAAAGCUAUCAUUGAAAAUAUUAGAAAUUGUGUACAUACCUCUAGAUAAUUACUGAAAUCAUGUACUGUAUUAUGUCAUUGAGCUAUUUUUGUAAGACCAAAAUCUCAUGAAAUGUAAGAACAGUCUGAUAACAAGUUUAAUCUUCAUGUUAGCAGUAUUUUUUUUUCCAUAAAAGUAGUAAGUUAUGAAUAAUCCACCAUUUGUGACUGAUUGACAGAGUUAAAAAUGAAAGAACAGAUAGACAAAUGAAGAAUGCAUGUUUUCCAUUAUGUCCCUUGUCUAUGUACCAAGUUUCAUGAAAAAAAUAGUUUGUAAGUUUCCACUUUUUCUCAUACCUUUGCUCUAUGUUUUGAUAUAGGGACCACAGUUGUUGUCUUAGUACCAAAAUGAAAAAAAAUGUGUGCAUUCUCUAUAUUGCAUUCUACCUAUAUACAUUUACCAAGUCUAAUAAUAUAUUGUUAUUUUAAAGUUAUUUUAAGAUACUAUUAUGCUACUUUUUUGUCCUAAUUUUGUUACUAUUUGUUACCAUAUCAACUGCAUUUGUUGCCAGAGCAGUAAAACAAAAAGAUGUGCAUAUUUUUCAAUAUCGCCAUCUGUCCAUGAAUGGAACCCAUAAAAAAAACACUGUGUACUUUUAAAAGUAUCACAGGAUCUUACUUUAAGAGACUGAUAGACAGACUGACAGAGUGGAUGCAAAACUUAAGUCCCCACUGUUAGGAGACUAUAAAAUGUUCAGUAAAUAUUUGCCAGUGAUGCAGCUGUAGCCUUCUCUAUAUUUGUUCUGUAAUUUUUUAAUUGCUCAUAGAUGAAACAAUUACAUUUAUAAGCCAUCUGUAAUCACACCAAAGAAAAAAACAGGACUUAGCAUUAUGAACACAAUGAAUUAAGUUAUGAGAGAAAACAACUCUAUUGACUGGUUUGAUUUCACUGUGUUUUCUAUCUUAAGCAUUAAAUUUAGUAAUUCAAGUGUCCUUAUGUGUAAGAAAGGUCUUUUGUAGCCAAAUAAUUUAUCUAUUAUUUAAGAAAGCCACUUUGAAGUUUUGGUUCAUAGAUGCUAUGCCAUUGACCAUUAAGGUUUUUCCCAAACAGAUGUGUUUUGGAACAUAGCCAACAUAUAUAGCCAUUCUAGUGGCUUAUAUUUUUAUGUUAUUUAACCCUUACCCUGCUAAAUUUCUAUAAUGCACUUGUCCAUCUUUCAGUACCAUUAACAGUUAAAAGGGGUGCAUACCAAAAAGAUACUGACUAAAUGGCGAACAGUGCAGAUCAUGAUCAGACUGCAUGGAUGUGCAGGCUGAUUAUGAUCUGCACUGGUCGCAAAGGCAAAAACAAUUGUGUCCAGCAUGGUAAGGGUUAAAGUUUGUUUGUCAUGGUAAUGCUAUGUCCAUAUAAAUGAGCAGAGCAGAAGCCCCAUUUUAGGCAUUGACCUUGAAAUUGUGCUGUAUCUUUUUUUAUUUGAAAUGUUUUAUAAUUCUGCUUGUGUGUGAAAACACACUAGAGUAUUUUGAUGUGUUAAAAUUUCAUCUGUGAUACGCUAUUAUUGUUAAUUAAAUAAAAAUAUUGUGUUACA